CCCACUUUAAAAAAAGCACUUCGCGUUUGAGCAGCGAUGGACCUGAGACUUAGCUUUUCCACGCUCAAACAUGGGGAAUAAACAAACCAUCUUCACGGCACAGCAGCUAGAUGCCUAUCAGGACUGUACAUAUUUUACAAGAAAGGAAAUUCUAAGACUCUUCUACCGCUAUCGGGAUUUGGCACCGCAGCUCGUUCCUCUUGACUACACCAACCACCCAGAUGUGAAGUUACCAUAUGAGCUGAUUGGCAGCAUGCCAGAGCUGAAGGACAACCCAUUUCGACAGAGGAUUGCUGAGGUUUUCUCUGAGGACGGAGAGGGAAACAUGACACUGGAUGACUUUUUGGACAUGUUUUCUGUCCUCAGCGAGAUGGCUCCACGGGACCUCAAGGCCUACUAUGCUUUCAAAAUUUAUGAUUUCAAUAACGACGACUUCAUCUGUAAGUCAGACCUGGAGAAGACACUGAACAAACUGACUCGUAACGAGCUGACGGAAGACGAGGUGAGGAUGGUGUGCGAGAAGGUGAUCGAUGAGGCUGACCUGGACAACGAUGGACGUCUGUCACUCGAAGAUUUUCAGCACAUGAUUGUCAGAGCUCCAGACUUCCUCAGCACCUUCCAUAUAAGGAUAUAACCAAAUGACGCAAUCUUCUACAUUUCUUACCUCCAGUAGCCCCAAAGGAUGGACUGAAAAUACUGCAGAAUGAAAUCCUGCCAUCUUGGCCAAAAACUAUUGCAUCUUUUAUUUAAAAAAAAAUGUAAUUACCAAAAACAUUUUUCUUUCAUUCUUUAAGAGUGACUCUUCUGUUAUUCCUCUGACUGCAGAUAUCAUCAGGUGGAGGCAUCAGCCAAUCCAUCAAGUCAAGGCUCAUUAGUUAUGAUUACCAACAGUGGAUUUGUGUCUUGUAUCAAAAGGUGUUCAGUUACACCGGACAAUAAAGAAAAUACACACCCGAAUAUUCCAGUGGGCCAAUAAUAGGAGAGCCAUUUGUCAUGAAAGCAGUCAGUGGGUAAACUGAUAGCUGCCUCUAAUAUCCAGCCAAUAAAACCACUCAAUCAAAACACACAAGUUGAGUUUUAUAGCCUUAUUU